AUGGUCUCCCACGCGCAAGGCCCAGAACAACAACAUCGCACACUUAGCCAUCGCGCCCCUUCAGUCGCUUCGUCUUCUCGGACCACUUCAAAUCGUCGGCACCGCAGCAGCCGCUCCCACAGUGGAGGUGGCACGUACAAGCCACAAAACGAAUUUCCAUACUUUGCGCAAACGGGCGAUGUCGAGAUAAUAAUAAACGCGGAUGGGCAAGAACGGAGGUACAUGUUACAUCGCUUGAUACUUAGUCAAAAUGCAGGCUUCUUCGAGGCUAGUACCAGCGAGGAGUGGGCGAAAGUGCAGCAGAAUGGAAUACCCACAACACAUGGGCUACGAAGUAUUGGCGAAGAUGGCGAUGUCGACGUUGAUGAAGGGCAAGCGACGAGACCAUUGAGAAAUGGAGAGAAGAUACAGUUAAGAUAUGAGCUGGAUUGGGGCAACAAGGAGGAAGAGGUGCCGAUGCUGGUUCAGAGGCAACCUCAAUCAACUUUAUUCGGCGGCCACACUUCAGUUCCACCAUCUCCGGUAGCCAACAAACCCUCAGCGCCAGCCACCGGCUUUCUACGCUCAAUGUCCAAUUUUUCCGCCCUCCAAUCCGCCUCUCAUCUUGCUAAACCGAACUCUCAAAGCAAUGCUGAUAGCGACACCAUUCGCGACUACGAUAACCUCUUCCGUAUCUUCUAUAAUUACUCUCCCUCUCUCGACGCCGUCAACAUUGCUGAGGCGUAUAUACAAUGCAAAUCUCUUCUCACGCUAGCCGACAUGUACGAUGCUCUUGACGUUGUUGGGCCGAGGAUAGACCACCAUCUGCUCCAAUUUCAGGGAAGACUCUGGAAGCAAAUCGCAAAGUACCCGCCUAGUUACCUCAGAAUUGGAUAUCUUUCCCGCUCUAAAGUCAUUUUUGCUGAAGCUCUUGUGCACGUGGUCGGACAAUGGCCUUCCGGCUCGAGUCAGUUGAAACACACCGUUCCCGAAGCCGUGAUCGAAGUGAUCGAAGACAAAGUUGAUGAAUUGGCGGAGCGAAAGAUGAAGGCCGAAGCAAGGCUCUUUCGAAUCAAUCUCACAACGCCGAAGGGCGAGCGGGUGUCGCCCAGUAAUGCCUACACAGACUGGCUUGCAUUGUCCUUGUUCAGACAAUGGUUGGCAGACAACACAGCACCUGCGCCCCCACCACCUACAUCCGACUCUAAUCGAAAUCGUCUGGCACCAACGUCGCCAAGUCCUGGCAGCUUAUACAGAAAGCUAGGGGCGGGAGGGUCAAGCUACCUUGGGCACGAUGAAUGCAAACGCUUCGUGCGUCUCAAGCCAGACGAGCAUAGCAGAGAGGUAUUAAAAAGAUUUGAGAAAAAAGUUGAUGAGAUCAAGGGGUUGGCGAGGGAAAUUAGACCGUUCGUCAACUUCUAUGGGCCUACGUUCAUUCUCUACGAGCUUUCCAGCCCGUUCCUCAAUUUCCACUGGUUCUUCGAUAAGCUUAAUAUGACUGGCUCGAAGCCGCAGUGGUAUAAUGGCAUCGUUCUCCUCGCGUCAUUCCUUGGCUGUCGGUUGCUCUGGGGUACUUACCAAUCGAUACGCGUGUAUCAAGACGUGUGGGCAGGCUUACACUUCGACGCUACGUCUCGCCUCGCAAAACAAGCUAGUGACCAAAUUUUUGAGCCCCUAGGAGAGGAUGAUGAGGUGAUGCGAUAUGCAGGGAACUAUGUGAUCCCGACGUGGCUGGCUUGUGUGUAUUUAGUCAGCAAUAUUGUGCUGAAUACGCUCAAUUUCUACUGGUUCGGCAAAAUGAUUGAGACGGUGAGGAAGAGAUUCAGAGAGCCGAGAGAUAAGAAGAAAGCGAAGGAAGAGGGCAUUAUGGUGGAGGGGCUGGUUGAUACGGAGAGGAUUGCUGACGCGGUUUGUGAAGGCGUGGAACAGAUCAUUGAGAAUGGGAAGGUAGACAAAGUUGAUGGGACAGGGAGUUAUGUCCAUGUACAGAGGAAGGAUGUGAGGAAGCGGAAGGGCUGA